CGCCGGGUGACCGAGAGGGUAUGGGCACGGAAGAAAGAAGGUUUGUCUGGGAGGAAAUUCUCCUCACCAGCUUCACGACGGGACCAGCCAUGAAAGACCCAUGUUGACACGAAUAGUAGCCCCGUCAGCGCUCAACAGGGGGUCCGCAUGGCGGGUCAACCGAGGGGUCCAAGUCAGUGUUGGUCCAUGGUCUCAGUUUCAGGGUAGCAUCCAUUGGAAUAAGAUCGGCCGCUCAGGAUCAUUUGACGUACAGACGAACAUGGGGGGCCCAUUUGACUCAGAUGGUACUUGGCUAUUGCAUGCAAGACUCCGAAGGCCCCAGUCUUCGACAUGGACCGCUCCAGGAAGACAAGUGGGACUGUGCGCAUCCACUGACCUUCCUGUAGGGGAGGAGGAGGGGCCGCAUGAGGAGUGGCAGCGACUGGGACCCUGACCGUUGAAAAUGAUUGGAUGGAACGGUUGCACAACCAUCCGGA